GUGAUAACGAAGCUUUACCGGAGGCGGGACUUGGGUGAGCAGGGGUGAUUCACGGUGGAGUAACGGCGGAGCAGCAACGCUGGCCGAACACAGGACAUCGUCAUGUUGUCUCUGUGGUUCACAUGUGUUUGUGUUGUGCACAGCUCUGCCCUGCUGUCUCACGUGGACCAGUAUGAAGUGGUCAGACCUCAGAGGCUGCAGCACGGGAGGCAGAGGAGGAGCCUGAGAGAAAACCAGCUUCACCCAGAUACGGUGCAGUAUAAGUUGGCCAUUGAAGGGAAGAACCACAUCAUCCACUUGGAGAAAAACAACAAUCUUAUUGGAAAAGGCUACACCGAAACACACUAUUCAGAAGACGGGAAACGAGUCAUAACAUCACCAAGUGAGGAGCACUGCUAUUAUCACGGCCAUAUUGAAGGAGUGACGGACUCUUCGGUCAGCGUGGGGAUUUGCUCAGGGAUUAGUGGCUUUGUGAGGGCCCGGCAGCAGCUCUACCUGAUCGAGCCUCUGGGAAAGUCAGAGGAUGAAGAGCAUGCCGUUUACCGACAGGAAAACCUGAAGUUCAGCCGCCGCCCCAGAUGUGGCUCUUUGUCAAACACCACUGUGCUGUAUGACCGGGACCAGGUCCCUCACCAAGCUGGGCUCUUCAGGUCCAGAUUGUGGAAUACUAAACCGGUCACACAGCGGUUUGUCGAGCUGUUUGUGGUGGUUGACAACACCGAGUAUAAACGCUAUGGAAGUCAGACUAAAUCCCGUGUUCUUGCAGCUCUUAAUCACGUAGACAAGCUGUAUCGAGCUCUGAACAUCCGCGUCGUGCUGGUGGGAUUAGAGAUAUGGACGUACAAGGACUACAUUGACGUGGACAUAAAUUCGGAGACCACGCUGGACAAUUUCCUGAUGUGGCGCCAGACCGAGCUCCUGCAGAGGAUGAAGCACGACAAUGCCCAGUUUGUGACAGGCAAAGAUUUUGAAAAAGACACAGUGGGGUUGGCAAAUAAGUUCGCCAUGUGUUCCGAAAACUCGGGCGGAGUCAAUCAGGAUCACCAUGCUAACCCAAUCGGCCUUGCCUCCACCAUUGCUCAUGAGAUGGGGCAUAAUUUUGGCUUGUCCCAUGAUGCUGCAGGUUGUUUGUGCAGCAGUGAAAACUGUGUGAUGGCAGAGAAGCUCAGGACAGGAAGUGAAGCAUUCCCAGAGUUUUUCAGCAGCUGCAGCGUGGAGCAGCUUGCUGAGUUCAUGGAACGAGCUCAACCCAGCUGCUUGGAUAAACCAAACCCCAUCAGGACCAUCGCUGCGGGGCCUCACUGUGGCAACGCCCUGCUAGACCCUGGAGAGGAGUGUGAUUGUGGCACUGUGGAGGAAUGCAGGAACCUUUGCUGCGAUGCCUCAACGUGUCGUCUGACUGAGGGAUCCCAGUGUGCUCAUGGACAAUGCUGUGACAACUGUCAGUUCAAAGGUGCUGGAAGUGUGUGCAGGAGGUCGUCCAGUGACUGCGACCUGCCCGAAUACUGUACCGGCAGGUCCGAGGUUUGUCCCGAAGACAGCUUUGAGAUGAACGGCAAACCGUGCUACGACCAGGCGCAGGGCUACUGCUACAACGGCCAGUGUCCCACUUAUGAGCAGCACUGCUGGAGGAUGUUUGGACAAGGAGCCACGGUUGGGCCUAAUAUUUGUUUUGAACUGACCACACGUGGCGAGGAAGGCGCAAACUGUGGGAGCACCAAAUUUGGCUACAUCCGCUGCACUGCACAGAAUUUCAAGUGUGGAUCUAUGUUUUGCCAAGGGGGGGGUGACUCCAUCACGGGUAAGAGGGCGGCCUACACUGUGCUUGGCACUGAAUGUAAACUCGUUGUGGAUGACUAUAAAACCAGAAACAUUGACAUGGUGCCCAAAGGAACCAAAUGUGGACCAAAUAAGGUUUGCCUUGACAACAGGUGUGUGGAUCUGUCAGCGUACGGGGCACAGGGAGAUUGUGCAAAGAAAUGCAACAGUAAUGGGGUUUGUAAUCACAAGAAAGAGUGCCAUUGUAAUCCCGGAUGGGCCCCACCUUACUGUGACACCCAGUACACAGAUAUACCUCAAGGUCAGAACUGGAUAAUAGCCGGUGUGUGUGCCGCUCUGGCCGUCCUUGUAGCGAUCACUGUAGUGAUCGCAGGGCUGAUGUGCUGUAAAAAGGACAACAUGGACAACUACACAUCCAAAAGGAAAGUGCACUCAGCUCCCGGCAAGUUGAACCCAAUGUUCAAUGAACCGAGUGUUAAAGAAAGGCCUCAGAUCAGUCAGCCCACUUUCAUGGAGUCGACGGCGACGCAGGUGUGCUCCCCUCUGAUUGUCUCUGUGUCACCCAGUCGACCGGCGCCACAGCCACCACACGUGUCUUCCAUGUCAUCUACCUCACAAGCUGCACCGACAAAACCUCAACCUCCUGCCAAACCUUUACCACCUCUGACUAAACCAAAGUAUAAUGGAGCCAAACCGAACCCUCCUCCCGUACCUCCAGUCAAGCCCAGUCCUCCUCCUCCGCUGCCCCCGGCAAAGCCACAAGUCCACAGACUGACAUGAAAAUAUCAUGUCAAAAAUAACCAAAGCCGACUACAUCAGCCUGUAGUCACACACAGGCAUAACAUAUAUAAAUAUAGAGAGAGAGAAAGAGAGGAAGAGAGGGAUCCUUGUUAUAGAAAACAAAGGGUCACUUCCCAAAAGCCUUAAGACGCUGUGCGUGACGCGAGGUGACUCCGGCUGAGAAUGUGUUUUAACACAUGACCAACAGCUGUGCUGCUGCUGUGGAUUUUUACUGCUGUUGCAAUUGUAAUUGUUUUAAAAAAAAAAAAAAAAAAAAAAAGGUUAUUUAACAGAUUGUGUCUUUGCAGGUUUGUGUAAAAUGAUCUAUUGUUGUUUUCUUUUCCUUCCCUUAGAGUAAAGAAUGAGAGGAAAGUCAGCAAAUGGCUCCUCUUAGCGCUCCACACACAGGGAGCUGUCAGAGCGUUCUGAACAUACAAUACUUAAAUAAUAAGUAUUUAUCUGAUGUUUGUGUCCCAAUGAUCUGUGAAGGACUUGUUCUGAGUUACUGAACACUGGUUAACUAGCCUGGACCUGAUAUCAUGGGUUUGGCUCAUAGACAAACAUGGACGUGGCCUUCAGGUUUGAAAAGUGAAGCAUAGAAGUAGGAUCGACGUGGCUUUUACCCACCAGAGACUUGGAAGUCAAUAGGAAAAUGACUUUCUACUUCCCCUCCCGAUUUACAACAUCAGCAGGAAAUUUGAUGACAACGCACAGCACAUGUGAGUGAACACCAGUGUAUGUGACAGCUGGUGUCACCCGGUAGUCGCCUAGUUGCAGGUGACGUCCGUCUAGUUGCUGCUCAACGGAGUAUUAGGGCCAAACUGAAGAGAUAAAAAAGAAGUCAUCUUUCUAGAAUUAAGUCGUAGUAUUCAAAAAGUCAUACAUUUGCAACAAGAAAAGUCAUAACAUGAGAUUAUUUUUAUCCACUUCCUCCUCCACAAAGGAGAAGUCUGUGUGAUGCUUUUUCUUCAAAAAACAGACUGGGUUCCUUGCACAAGCCCUUUCAAAGUCCUGAUGCUCGCGAUAAUGUGGUGCCGAUGUGCGAAGAGAUUAAGCGUUUCCUUAUGUGUGUGACGCAGGUGGUUGACUUCAUUCCCAUAAUAUUACGACUUUAUUCUCACAAGAUUAAAAAAAGAAACGUCUCUUAAGUUUGGCCGCGAUACUCGCAGUCGUAAAAUACCAAAUCUCAUGGCUCUUUUUUUUCAACCAGAAGACUGUGUUUCUUGUUUAUGUUCAGCCUCACGUUUACACACACACACACACACAGCUCGUGGUGUUAUUGCAGGGUUUAAAUCUUUAAUGUUAAAACAAAUUAAACGGCAAUCGGCCACAGCGCCGAAGCGGGUUUUAAUGUCAUAAAGCCAUGUGAAAUAACGGAAACUUUAAAUUAACUUUGGAAUCAUAUUACUCAAUGUUCAGUGUGAACAAUAUCUCUUCUGCCAGGGAGUCCUGGUCAAGAUAGCAGCAUAGAUAGCCCAAAUAGUUUCAGAACGAUUUCAGAUAAAAAAGGUUAAAAGGAGGUCGUCAAAAAAGAGAAGUAUAAAUAAAGUGCAGACAGAAUAAAGUACAGAAGGCUGUGUCUCAUGUUUUGCAUCUCUAUUUUUAACAAAUUAUCUUUUAAAGUCACGGUUCUUUUUCGUUGCCCAAUGUCAGGAUCCACUGAAACUGUUUUAUGAAGUUAUGGAGGACAGGCGACGUCGUCCUCAAGUCAGUUUUGUACUCUUCCUAAACUCUUCCAAAGCCAGUCUCCAUCUACACUCUUUAAGUUAACUUUCCAUGCAUUAUACUUGAAAACCUGUCAACGGUAAACACACACACACACAGAGAUUUGUGUUUCUGUGGUUCAGCUGCAAAUAUUUACAUCUCCCUUUGUUUGUUUUCAGCCCCCAGUGAGGGGUGUAUGACACCGCCGCGAGGAGCAAUUACAUGUUGUUUUUAUUUUUUACUGCACUGAUUUCUUUUUCUUUCUUUCUAGGGCAACAGUCAUGUGGGAUAAACUUGCACACUUGGUUUAUGACUGAUUGAACUUGAAAUUAAAAACAGUUUUGUUUCUUUUUUUUGUUACAAAAAGCCUUUUGUGCACUUUAUGACAAAACUAUGAUGUUGUUGUCUGAAGCGAAACACGCCAGAGAAAUUCCAGUUUGUCCAGUUUGUGAGUUUGUUAUGUGAACUGCGUGAAUAAAAAAAGGUUUUCUCGA